AUGUCGGGACCAAAUAUUGACCAACUACAUCGAUCUACCUUAGGAAUAUACGCAAAUUUGAUGGAUCAGUUCAACCCAGGUUUGCAGAAGCUGGUGUCUCUAGGAAGCAACUAUAUCCAGGCAUUCCAAGCCUUAGCUGCGACCAGUGAAGCUUAUUUCGGUGCACUUGCCAAAAUGGGAGAGCAUGCCCUGCACAGCAUGCCCUCUCGUACACUAGGCGAUGUCCUGAUUCAAAUCUCAGAGAGUCAGAGGAGACUCACCGCUGAACUGGAAGCAGUUUUCCGAUGGUUUCAUGCUGAAGUGUUGCAAGAGAUGGAAAAUAAUGUCAGACUGGACAAGGACUACAUAUUGGGCAGCAGGAGGCGCUAUGAGAUGGAGGUGAGGAACCAGGCAACGGCUCUGGAGAGACAGCUGAGGAGAGGGGCUUACAGAGACAACCAGGACAGCAAUGACUACAUACAGUUCCUCAGACAGAGUCAGUGUGAUGCCCUGGAGGAAGAGAAGAGGAGGUAUCGUUUCCUGGCUGAGAAACACUGUGGUCUCACACAGUCCAUAUUAUACCUCAUGAACAAGACUGGUGGGUCCCUGCAGCAGAGGGCUGAGAUAUGGAGAGGCCAAGUGAAUGAGACCAGAGCACCCAGACCACACACCCCAUCACGUCUGGACCAGGACAGUGCGGUGAGGGGUUCCAUUGGUUAUAUUUUGCAGAUGGGAAUGAGAGAGGAGGAGAGAGAGUACCGCUGGACUGGCAGAGAUGAGCAGCCAAUGGGUAGAGUGCCCUCCAGAGCCCCCUCUCCCCAGCCCACCCGCUCUCGCUCCAGCUCCAUGGGGGACCCUCUUGGGGGGGGCGGGGGAAGGCAGAUGCGGGCAUUGGUGCCCCACCCUCAAUCCUCCAACCCCACACUGCUGCCCUUCUCCCGGGGCGAGGUGGUGACUGUGUUGGUACAGGAGCCCAGGAAUGGCUGGCUGUACGGCAGGGCAGAAAGCAGCCAACGUCAAGGUUGGUUCCCAGCAUCCUAUGUUGGACCCCUAGAAGACACUCCUAAACCAAUGGGCUACAAUAGCUCCACACUCAGAAGCAGUAAUAGCAUGAGCAACCUGCUUGACCAGAGGGAUGGUGGCAGCUACAAUGGGAUUCCACCCCCAGCUCCUCCCUUACCUAUGAAUAACCAACGUCCAAUCAUGCCAACCCCAGACAGGAAGGUGGAGUCCGCUUCUGAAAGCAAGAGACCCAUUCAGGAAGAACACCGGCCCAGUCUCUUUCCCAGGGGAACCAACCCCUUUGCUACAGUGAAGCUUCGACCCACCACCACCAAUGACAGAUCAGCCCCACGGAUUUAGUGACACCCAAGCAUGGAAGU